GUUACAAGAUGGCGGGUUUGUAGUGGUUACCGCGGCGGUGGUGGCGGCGGAGGGAGAGCGAGCGAGCUCUCUGGGGGGGAAGGGGAGGGAAGACUGGGUGUGUGCGAGGGUGAAGUGAGACGAAGCGGGGUCUCCGGGCAAGAAGUCUCGGUGGUUCUUGUCACUCCUUCCCGCGGCCGAACCUUUGGAGCCAUGGUGAACCCGGGCUUUUCCGGAGCCGCCGCCGCCGCCCGUGCCGCCACUACCGCUCCCGUCUUUCAAGAGUGAGGGGCGCGUUCGAAGCGAACGAGGAGGCGGCGACUGGAACGGUGGGAGCAGCCGCCACCAUGUCGGAUACGCGGCGGCGAGUGAAGGUGUAUACCCUGAACGAAGACCGGCAAUGGGACGACCGAGGCACCGGGCACGUCUCUUCCACAUAUGUGGAGGAGCUCAAGGGGAUGUCGCUGUUGGUUCGGGCCGAGUCCGACGGAUCACUACUUUUGGAAUCAAAGAUAAAUCCAAACACUGCAUAUCAGAAACAGCAGGAUACAUUAAUUGUUUGGUCAGAAGCUGAGAACUAUGAUCUGGCUUUAAGCUUUCAGGAAAAAGCUGGCUGUGAUGAGAUCUGGGAAAAAAUUUGUCAGGUUCAAGGUAAGGAUCCAUCAGUGGAAGUCACACAGGAUCUCAUUGAUGAAUCAGAAGAAGAAAGAUUUGAAGAAAUGCCUGAAACCAGUCAUCUGAUUGACCUGCCUACAUGUGAACUCAAUAAACUUGAAGAGAUUGCUGACUUAGUUACCUCAGUUCUCUCCUCACCUAUCCGUAGGGAAAAGCUGGCUCUAGCCUUGGAAAAUGAAGGCUAUAUUAAAAAACUACUGCAGCUGUUCCAAGCUUGUGAGAACCUAGAAAACACCGAAGGCUUACACCAUUUGUAUGAAAUUAUUAGAGGAAUCUUAUUCCUAAAUAAAGCAACUCUGUUUGAGGUAAUGUUUUCUGACGAGUGUAUCAUGGAUGUCGUGGGAUGUCUUGAAUAUGACCCUGCUUUGGCUCAACCAAAAAGGCAUAGGGAAUUCUUGACCAAAACUGCAAAGUUUAAGGAAGUUAUACCAAUAACAGACUCUGAACUAAGACAAAAAAUACAUCAGACUUAUAGGGUCCAAUACAUUCAGGACAUCAUUUUACCUACGCCAUCUGUUUUUGAAGAGAAUUUUCUUUCUACUCUUACUUCUUUCAUUUUCUUCAACAAAGUUGAGAUAGUCAGCAUGUUGCAGGAAGAUGAAAAGUUUUUGUCUGAAGUUUUUGCACAGUUAACAGAUGAGGCUACAGAUGAUGAUAAACGGCGUGAAUUGGUUAAUUUUUUCAAGGAAUUCUGUGCAUUUUCUCAGACAUUACAACCUCAAAACAGGGAUGCAUUUUUCAAAACAUUGGCAAAAUUGGGAAUUCUUCCUGCUCUUGAAAUUGUAAUGGGCAUGGAUGAUCUGCAAGUAAGAUCAGCUGCCACAGAUAUAUUUUCUUACUUAGUAGAGUUUAGUCCAUCUAUGGUCCGAGAAUUUGUAAUGCAAGAAGCCCAACAGAGUGAUGAUGAUAUCCUUCUCAUUAAUGUAGUAAUUGAGCAAAUGAUCUGUGAUACUGAUCCUGAGCUAGGAGGCGCUGUUCAGUUAAUGGGACUUCUUCGUACUCUAAUUGAUCCGGAGAACAUGCUGGCUACAACUAAUAAAACUGAAAAAAGUGAAUUUCUAAAUUUCUUCUACAACCAUUGUAUGCAUGUUCUCACAGCACCACUUUUGGCCAAUACGUCAGAGGACAAAUGUGAAAAGGAUAAUAUAGUUGGAUCUAACCAAAACAACACAAUUUGUCCUGAUAAUUAUCAAACAGCACAGCUGCUAGCCUUAAUUUUAGAGUUACUCACAUUUUGUGUGGAACAUCACACAUAUCACAUAAAAAAUUAUAUUAUGAACAAGGACUUGCUAAGAAGAGUAUUGGUCUUAAUGAAUUCAAAGCAUACCUUCCUGGCCUUGUGUGCUCUUCGCUUUAUGAGGCGGAUCAUUGGCCUUAAAGAUGAAUUUUAUAAUCGUUACAUCACCAAGGGAAAUCUUUUUGAGCCAGUUAUAAAUGCUCUUUUGGAUAAUGGAACUCGGUACAAUCUGUUGAAUUCAGCUGUAAUUGAGCUUUUUGAAUUCAUAAGAGUGGAAGAUAUCAAGUCUCUUACUGCACAUAUAGUUGAAAACUUUUAUAAGGCCCUUGAAUCGAUUGAAUAUGUUCAGACAUUCAAAGGAUUGAAGACUAAAUAUGAGCAAGAGAAAGACAGACAAAAUCAGAAACUGAACAGUAACAGAUUUCGCAGAGAUGCAAAAACCUUGGAAGAGGAUGAAGAAAUGUGGUUUAAUGAAGAUGAAGAGGAGGAAGGAAAAGCAGUUGUAGCACCAGUGGAAAAAUCUAAGCCAGAAGAUGAUUUUCCAGAUAGUUAUGAAAAAUUUAUGGAGACCAAAAAAGCAAAAGAAAGUGAAGACAAGGAAAACCUUCCAAAAAGGACAUCUUCUGGUGGCUUCAAAUUUACUUUUUCCCACUCUACCACUGCUGCUAAUGGAACAAACAGUACGAACAGUAAACCUGUAGUGGGUCAGACACCACCAGCAAGUUCUAACGGGUCCUCUUCUAAAACUGCAAACUUGGCUACAUCAGUAACAGCCACCAAGGGAAGUUUGGUUGGCUUAGUGGAUUAUCCAGAUGAUGAAGAAGAAGAUGAAGAAGAAGAAACAUCACCCAGGAAAAGACCUCGUCUUGGCUCAUAAAAUUUUUACUGGGGUAUCUGCAACAUGUGGUCUUACUAAAAUGCUGCAACUGUUCAAUGAGCUGAAAAUCUGAAUCAGAAAGCUUUCUCAUUUGAACUUAUAAAUACACAAGGAGUAGCAAAGGACACAGUAUAUCAGCUAGGAGAGUUUAGUUCUGUAACAAAACAAAAAAAAAAAAACAAAAAACAGGCUUCCCAGGAACUUGAUUGCUUGCUAGUAAUUAAGGGGGUUUGCCUUUCAGGCAGAAAGGAAAAAAAAAAAAGUUAGUAACCAGAACCUGGGAGGUAGCUUUCUCAACAAGGAAGUCUCAGGUUUGGGAAUGGUGGCUUAGGGGAGGGUAAGAUUGAUAAAAUAAGAUUAAUGCAGGGUUGCUCCAAGCAGGUAUCUGAUCUAGAAACAAUUAGAAAACUUAAGUUGCAAACCCAAUAACAUUACUUGUAUAAUGGUGCUGGCCAUGUUCUUUUAAUCAGUUGCCUCUUUUUAAAAGAAAUUUUUAUGGAAAACAAAUUCAGCUAUCAUAAACAAUGAAGAUAUGCUGUUGGGACCAUUUCUUUGAAAAUCUAACAGAAAUUCAGCCUUGUGGUAUUGGAGAGAAGUACACCCUGUAUUAAAGUGCAUGUUGAGUUUUCUACACCAGGAAUUUGCAGUAUGUAUUUUGACAAAAAUUAGCAAGAUGGAUUCAAAAUGGACAUUUCUGUUAAUUUUUAAAUCAGCACUUUUAGAAUCAGUACAGUAGCGUUCCAGAAGGAUUUCUCUAGAAACAUGGAAAUGGAUAAAACAGAAUGCUUAGAACUACUUACUAGUACAGUCUCGUGGAAGACAACUUUGAAAUAACUUUCUGCUUUGUUAGUAAAGUUCUCUCUCUCUUUCCAGGGCAGCAGCCAUGUUUUAAUGUAUAAUUUAUAAAGACUAACAUACACAGAGUAGUGCUGAAUUAAGUGGUAUUUAAUAUCUAGAAGCCAUUUUGGACCAGAAGUUACUUAAGUGUCAGAGUCAGCAUGCAGCAUAUGAAGCUUUUUGAUAAGCAAACAAGGGUGUAAUAUGAAAGCUGCUUUUUGAAGAGUAAAAGCACAUUCCAUGUACGUAAAUGAAUUUAAAAUAGAGGCAGACAGUUGAGGUUUUAUUUUUAGAACAGCAAGUUAACUGUAAAUAUUUUAAUGUUAGUUUUGUUCAUCUAUGAUCUGAGAUCAUGCUGAAGUGAGAAAAAUGUCCCCAAACUACGACUUAAUUUAUUGGGAAAAAUAAAAGCUAAAAACUAAUUCCAGCUACAAUCUUUAGAUCACCCUUGUAAUGUGUUAAUGGGUCCAUUUUUCCUGAAAUAGCUUAAACUGAAGCAGUUUCCCCUGUUUUGGAGAUUUUGUAGUUAAUUUUCAUUUUGGCUAUUGUUUGGAAAAGAUGGGCUGUCUGUAGAUACGAAGUAUAGCUUUUCCAUAAAACAGAUGUUUAUUUUGUAUUAAAAAUACCACUGUACUUGUUUUACACCAUUUGUAUACAUGUGGUGAUAUUAAUGCUGAACUGUAAAAUUCAGGAAUUAAAAAUGUGACCCUGUAAUUCCAUGA